GCCAGGCAGGGGGCAGGGUGCUGUGGGGAGCGGGGCAGGUUGUCCCACGUUAGCCAUGGCUGGUGAAUGGGGCGCAGGCUCUGGGGGCUGGAGUGACCCGGCAGCAUGUAGCUGGGUCGUGCGAGGCGCUGCCCGGUGGGGUCGGGCGCCCACCGUGGGCACAUCUGCUUGGCUCUGAGGUGUGUGGGCUGGCACCAGGGGGCCGGAUAAUCCGAUGAAACAACAAAACCGCCCCCUCUGAGGCUGCUGGUGCCUGGCAUUUCCCAGGGUCUGCGGAGCCACAGGGAUCCCUGGCACGGGCCGUGAGGAGCGUGGGCGACACGGGACCUGGCGCCUCCUCUGGGUCUGUGUCCCCAGCCGGCAAAGGGUUAAAGGUCACUGCAGGGUCAGCAUUUCCCCAGGGGGGGGCACUCAGCUGGGAAAGGAAGGGAAGGUGAUUCUGGCUGGCACAGGGGGCCGCCCCACCUCUGGUCUCCCUCGUCUGAUGCCCCGUCCUGCUCAGACCCUGCUGUCCGGCCCAGCAGGCUGUGAAAGAUGGUGAGGUCUCCCUGGACCCCCAGUCAUUUCCCUCCCCCUGCCACGCGGAGCCAGAGGGUUCAUAGUGCCCAGGCUGGGAGGGCAGUGGGGCAGGGCUCCUGCACUGAAUAACCAGUGGGGCUGGAGUGAGUCUCACCCACACACCCUCUCCCUGUGACCGGGGCGUUCACGGGGCUGCCUGGAGGAACUCAAACCCGAAAUUGCAGAACUGCUAAGUACGGUAACCGAUCGCUGAAAUCCACCUCCGCCCCAGCCGACGACUGCAGGGGAGCAAAUGUGACGCCGAUUUUUAAAAAUCCCAAGGGGAUCCUGGCCUGUAAUGGCCAGGGAGUCUAACUUCAGUCCCAAGCAAACUGGUGGAACCGAUAGUGAAGAACGGAAUUAUCAGCCCCGGAGAUGGGGAAGAGUCAACCUGGCUUGUGUCACGGGAAAUCGCGCCUCGCCAAUCUAUUAGAAUCCUGUGAGGGUGUCGACAAGCAUGUGGACAAGGGGGAUCUGGAUUUUUAACCUGACCUGGACGAGGUCCCUCAUCCAAAGGCUCUGAAGGAAACUACAUAGCCUGGGAUGCGAGGGGAGCUCCUCUCGUGGGGCUCAGCCGAUUCCUACACCAGCCGGCCGUCCCUGGACUCAGACGUGUCCCUGGAGGAGGAGCGCGAGACGGCCCAGCACGAGGUGGAGAACCAGGCACAACAGCAGCUGGAGAGAGCCAAGCACAAGCCGGUAGCGUUUGCCGUACGCACCAAUGUCAGCUACUGCGGGGCCCUGGAUGAGGAGUGCCCCGUGCAGGGCUCCGCCAUCAACUUCGAAGCCAAAGAUUUCCUGCACAUCAAGGAGAAAUACAGCAAUGACUGGUGGAUCGGGCGGCUAGUGAAGGAGGGGGGGGACGUCGCUUUCAUCCCCAGUCCCCAGCGGCUGGAGGCCGUGCGGCUGAAGCAGGAGCAGAAAGCCAGGAGAUCUGGCAACGCCUCCGGCCUCGGGGACCCCAGCAAGCGGCGAUCGCCUCCCCCGUCCUUAGCAAAACAGAAGCAAAAGCAGGCAGAGCACAUCCCGCCCUACGACGUGGUUCCCUCCAUGAGACCAGUGGUGCUGGUGGGCCCCUCCCUGAAAGGAUAUGAGGUGACGGACAUGAUGCAGAAAGCGCUCUUCGACUUCCUCAAGCACAGGUUUGAUGGCAGGAUCUCCAUCACCCGCGUCACCGCCGACCUGUCCCUCGCCAAGCGCUCCGUCCUCAACAACCCGGGCAAGCGUGCCAUCAUCGAGCGCUCCGCCACCCGCUCCAGCAUCGCCGAGGUGCAGAGCGAGAUCGAGCGCAUCUUCGAGCUGGCCAAGGCCCUGCAGCUGGUGGUGCUGGACGCAGACACCAUCAACCACCCGGCCCAGCUGGCCAAGACCUCGCUGGCCCCCAUCGUGGUCUAUGUCAAGGUGUCCUCGCCCAAGGUGCUGCAGCGGCUGAUCAAAUCCCGCGGCAAGUCCCAGGUGAAGCACCUCAACGUGCAGAUGAUGGCGGCAGACAAGCUGGUGCAGUGCCCGCCGGAGCUCUUUGAUGUGAUCCUGGACGAGAACCAGCUGGAGGACGCCUGUGAGCACCUGGCCGAGUACCUGGAGGUGUACUGGAGAGCCACCCACCACCCGCUGCACCCGCUGGGCGGGCAGCCCCUCCUGACGCCACCCGCCGCCAUCCCGGGCCUGCAGAACCAGCAGCUGCUGGGGGAGCGGGGAGGGGAGCACUCCCCCCUAGAGCACGACAGCCUGAUGCAGUCGGACGAGGCGAGCGAGACCUCCCACAAGCCCUGGGCGGCCCCCUCGCAGCGCAGCUCCCAGCCCCUGGAGGACGAGUACCCGGACCCCUACCCGGAGCUGUACCAGCCCCACCGGCACCACAACAGCGGCCUGCACAGCGCCAACGGGCACGACUCGCAGGACCGGCUCCUGCAGCGCGAGGCCGAGCAGACCCACAACGACAGGAACUGGCAGCGCACCAGGCCCUGGGCCAAGGACAGCUACUGACGGGCACCAGCCCAGGCUCGCCCGCCGAUUGCCCCCCUCCCCACUGUCAGACCAGCCCCACAGGCCCACGGAGCCUGGCCUCCCGGCCUUCCCCCAACCACAGCCCCCCUUGCCAGGCGUGCAGCCCCUCCCGUCGCUGGGGGGGUCACACACUCCCUAACUGGACUACUUGGGGCUGGGAGGAAAAGCCAUCUGUCCUGAGUCCCCCUGCCCCCACUAGGCAUUGCUCAGACAAUCUCCCUGGAGGGAAACCCCCCGGCCAGGGCACUGCUCCCACCCUGUCCAGCCGUGAGAGGAGAGGUCGGGAGCCAGGACACCUGGGGUCUAUGCACUGGCUGGCCCCUGCUCCAGGCCUCAGUUUCCCUGGUUGAAACUGCAUAGCUGGCAGUGCUUGUUCCAAGCCCCUCCGGCCCCCUUGCCCUCUGCCAUGGGGCUGGGCUGGGCUCCCUGGGGCAGGGUCUGGGAGUCCAGCUAACAGGGCACAAUUUGUUAAGUGCAAAACCCCUAAGGGGAGGGUGAGGAGCCUGGAUGCUGCCCCGCUCCCCUCCUUCAGUGGGGCUCAGCCCUGAUUCCUCCUCAGCCUGCCCCCCACAUCCACCGGCCCAGCCCCACUGCCCACCCCAUAACCACUAGCAUCCAGCCACGACACAGAGAAACCUGUACAUAGUGCACCCCACCGCCCUGGACUGGCCACUGUGUGCCUGAGGGGGGCACAGGUGCUACCCGGCUAGCGGCAGAGGGAGAUUCCCCCCUGCCUGGGGGAGCUGGGGCGAGCCCUCGGGGGGCCGGGAAGCACGGAGCGGCCACGGAUUUGUUACAGCUCUUGUGUAGGAAGCACUUACUGCCCUGACAGCCUGUAGCCUGUUUAA